CGAGCCCCUCUGACUUCCGCGUUUGUGCGAUUUAGGCGGAGACCAAGUGGCCGGCUAGCAGGGACUGAGCUAAAGGAUCCGGGCGGCUCCGUUUGCCAUUCAUUCGAAAAACAAUAAGGGAAUACACACAUCGCGUGGACAAACAUGUCGUACGAACUGAAGCACUUGUUUGCCAGCCUUCCUCAUAUGGAGAGGGGCGUGGCCAAAGUUAUCGGAGGGGACCCGAAAGGGAACAACUUCCUGUACACAAAUGGAAAGAGCGUCAUCAUCAGGAACAUCGAGAAUCCUGCUAUCGCUGACGUCUACACAGAACAUCCUUACCAGGUCAUCGUUGCCAAAUACUCACCCAGCGGCUUCUACAUUGCCUCAGGAGAUGUGUCAGGAAAGAUACGGAUUUGGGACACGACCCAGAAGGAGCAUCUGCUGAAGUACGAGUAUCAGCCUUUUGGAGGAAAGGUCAAGGACAUCAGCUGGACGGAGGACAGCAAGCGUAUCGCCGUGGUGGGAGAGGGACGAGAGAAGUUCGGUGCAGUGUUCCUGUGGGACUCAGGUUCCUCGGUGGGCGAGAUUGUCGGUCACAGUAAGAUCAUUAACACUGUAGACUUCAAACAGACCCGGCCCUACAGACUAGUCACGGGCAGCGACGAUAACUGCACCACCUUCUUCGAGGGGCCGCCCUUCAAAUUCAAGUGCACCAUCAGUGAUCACAGCCGUUUUGUCAACUGCGUUCGUUUUUCUCCCGACGGAAACCGUUAUGUUUCAGCGGGGGCAGACGGACAGAUUUACAUUUACGAUGGAAAGACAGCUGAGAAACUGGGCUCGCUGGGAGGAGAAAAAGCUCACGAGGGCGGGAUUUACGCUGUCAGCUGGAGUUCAGAUAGCACUCAGCUUAUCUCUGCAUCCGGCGAUAAGACCGUCAAGUUAUGGGAUGUGGCGAGCGGCACCGCGGUGACGACCUUUAAACUGGGCGCAGACGUUCUGGACCAGCAGCUGGGUUGCCUGUGGCAGAAAAAUCACCUCCUCAGCAUUUCUCUGUCGGGAUACAUCAACUACCUGGAUAAGAACAACCCGAACCGACCAAUCCGAACCAUCAAGGGACACAGUAAGUCCAUUCAGUGUGUGACUGUACAUAAAGACGACGGCAAGAACACCAUCUACUCUGGCAGCCAUGACGGACACAUCAAUUACUGGGACGCUCAGAGCGGCGAGAACGAUGCUCUCUCGGGAAAAGGACACACAAAUUCCGUGCUGAGGCUCGCCUUGGACGACUCUGACCGUCUGGUGAGCUGCAGCAUGGACGAUACGGUCCGCUUCACCGACCUGAAGAAGAAGGAGUACAGUGCUUCUGACCUGGCGAAGAUGGACACCCAGCCAAAGUCUGUGUCUGUUGGAGCAGGAGGCUUGGCUGUAGCUGUGUGUAUUGAACAGGUGGUGCUGCUGAAGGAUAAAAGGAAAGUGUUCACUCUGGAUAAUUUGGACUACCAGCCAGAAGUGGGUGCGAUUCAUCCCGGAGGUGGCACCGUGGCAGUGGGCGGAGCUGAUGGAAAGGUGUAUCUCUACUCAAUCCAGGGGAACACCUUGAAGGACAGCGGAAAGGUUCUGGACACCAACGGACCUGUGACCGAUGUGCAGUAUUCCGGAGACGGGGCAUUCCUCGCCGUCUCAAACGAGAAGAAAGUCAUCAUCGUGUACACCGUUGCCGACGGUUACGCGGUUAACAACGAGUUCUACGGUCAUCACGCGAAAGUGGUCUGUCUGUCCUGGAGUCCCGAUAACGAUCACUUCGCCUCCGGAGGAAUGGACAUGAUGGUGUACGUCUGGACCAUAUCUGAUCCCGAGAAGAGGAUCAAAAUCCCAGAUGCUCACCGGUUGCACCACGUGAGUGGUUUGGCCUGGCUGGACCAACGCACGCUCAUCACAACCUCUCACGACGCGUGCGUGAAACAGUGGACGCUAAAAAUCUAAGCACUUGUGCACACACUCACUCGCAGGAUCUGUAGAGACAGGGACAGGGACUGCUGUAGAGAUUCUGUCUUUCUGUCUUUCUUUCUCUCUCACCCAGACUUGCUCUCGCUCUCGCUCGCGCUCUCUUCGUUUUUAAGGGGUGUGUGCCAGUAAUCUCAGCUGCGUGUGUGUGUGUGUGUGUGUGUCUCCUUUCUGCCUUCAUGCUCCGUAUCUCUCAUCUUUAUGAAAGGUGUGACAUUCCAGAGGUGCGAAAGUGAGACCUCCAUCUGGGCAACAUUUAGUGCAUGCACACACACGCACACUGUAUACACAUGUACUGUAUACACGCACACAUACACACAUCGUAACACAGCUCCUGAUCUAACACCAAGGUCAUUGUUACAUCAUGUUCUAUACAAAACCCUGUGUCAUGGAUCGGUCGGAUUAUUAUUAUUAUUAUUAUUAUUAUUAUUUUAAUCCAGGUGGAGGUUUAGCUUUAGCUCUCUUACAAUCUUGCGCUUAUAUCAUGGACCGUGGCCUGUGUCUGCAUUCUGCUGAGAGGGUGUGUGUGUGUGUGUGUGUGUGUGUGUGUGUGUGUGUGAGAGAAAGAGUGUUCAGGGAGCAAUAACAGGUUGCAAAACAGAACAGUCCAGAAAUUUACUGGUGUGUGUGUGUGUGAAGGAGCCACUGGUGUUCUGUCCUCUGUCUCCAUCAUUAUGGGUAUGCAUGUUGUGUUUAAUAUAAGCCUCCACUUUUUCACUGGAGUGGAUGUGAUUCAUACUAAUGAUGAUGAUGGUAAUAAUAAUAAUAAAUGGUGGAAAUAAAGCUGAAAUUUUUAUGCA